AUGCGAUGGUGGACCGCACAAUCAGAGGCAGUCAAGUGCUUGAAUGACGAUGAGAUUCGGAAUAUCCGCUAUGCGAUGCGAGUGUCGUGGCAGGAGCGGGUUGUUCAAUCUAUUGAAACUCAAUCUACAGGUGGUUCUCCUUCUGGCUCUAGUGAACAUGGAAUAUGUUUUACGAUCCCCGAACGUACAUCUGGGUGUAAAAGUCUGGUUGAAAGAACAGUUUACAAUGGAUUACAUUGUGUAUCAGUGGUCGUGAAUGAAAAGGCCGUUGCCGGAUUCACUUUACAUUGGCUGGAGGUUCCGGUUCUAAUCCCUAAUGACGAUAAUACAGUCAACUUCAGUGCACUGGCGAGCAGAUUCCAGCCCAAGUUCCCUGUCGGCCUGCGAUUGGAUUGUUUCCCGUAUGUGCUUGAGGAGGGUCUACACUCAGCUAGACCAUAUCUCUGGCUAGGUGAGCCUGUACCUAGCUUUGGACCAGAUACGGAGAGAGCGACAAAGACAGGGACAGUUUGGGGUACAGACAGGUGGGGGAGAAAUAGGCCCGCUCAAGGUGGACAUCAAGCAUAUCGCACCGACGCUGUUUGCCCGGCUGCUGAAGUGAAGUUCUCUCAUGAAGCUCCACAAGAGUCAGAGUGUGGACACGGGCAGCAAGAUAGCUUAGGAUACAAAACAUAA